UCCCCAGCUGGUGGAGAUGCUAUAGCACAGCCAGACACGCUGCCGUCGUCCGUCCCCCGGCGGGUUUGCUGGUGUUGAUGGGUUUUAUAUGAGAAGUGUGUGGAUCAGAUUCGCUUCAGUUUACCGCCAUGGAGGACGUCCAGCAGAAACCUGCAGCCCCAGAGCCGUGUCCUGCUCCCAGUCCAGCUCCCAGUCCAGCUCCCAGUCCUGUUCCCACUCCAGUACCCAGCCCGAUACUCGAGAGAAUCGCUCUGCCUGCUGGAAAUCACGUAGAGCACCUAAAUGUCAACCAGAUCCAGGUGGUGGUACGUCGCUGCUCGACUCCAAAUGUAACGGAGGAGACGACUUAUUUUAUUCCCCGCAACCCUGUGGUGGAUGCUGGCACCAACACAGAUCCGCCAGUGGUCUGUUGCCCUUUGCUCCGCAGAUUUUGCCCGUGUCCACCAAGAGGCCUCUUCGCCUCUCUUAUUACCAAAGUCCUCCUGGCAGCUGUGCUCUUUGGGGUGGUUUGGUCGAUCACAGAGAACGAGUGUCUUCCAGGAGGGAACCUGUUUGGCAUCACAAUACUCUUCAUCUGUGCCCUAAUCGGUGGCAAACUGGUCGCUCUCAUCCGCCUGCCUAAACUUCCACCUUUCCCACCGCUCCUCGGGAUGCUGCUCAUGGGCUUCCUGCUGAGGAACAUCCCGGUCAUCACAGACGGGGUCUACAUCAACUUCAGAUGGUCGGCGUCUCUGAGGAACAUCGCUCUGGCUAUUAUCCUGGCCAGAGCUGGUCUGGGGUUGGAUCCCAAGGCUCUGAGGAAACUCAAAGGUGUGUGCAUACGUGUGGCGGUUGGGCCCUGCUUGAUAGAGGCCGGCACCUUAGCGCUGGUCUCUCACUUCCUCAUGAACCUGCCCUGGGUGUGGGGCUUCAUCCUCGGCUUCGUGCUGGGAGCCGUGACUCCGGCCGUGGUGGUUCCCUCCAUGCUGCUGCUGCAGAAGGACGGAUACGGCGUGGAGCAGGGCAUCCCCACCCUGCUGAUGGCCGCCGGCAGCUUUGAUGACGUUCUCGCCAUCACGGGGUUCACCACAUGCUUGGGCAUGGCCUUCUCCACAGGCUCCACUUGGUACAACCUGCUCCGAGGAGUUCUGGAGGUUGCUGGAGGGAUGGUCGCUGGGAUCCUCCUUGGCUUUCUUAUUCAGUAUUUCCCCAGUGUUGACCAGAGAUACUUAGUGAUGAAGCGUUCCUUCUUGGUGUUGGGUCUGUCUGUGUUUGCCGUGUUUGGCAGCGGCGUGGCCGGCUUCCCGGGCUCCGGAGGCCUCUGCACGCUGGUGCUGGCCUUCCUGGCCGGGGUCGGGUGGGGGAAAGACAAGGCGCAGGUGGAGGACGUGGUGGGCUGGGCCUGGGACAUCUUUCAGCCUCUGCUGUUUGGACUGAUCGGAGCUGAGAUUCGCAUAUCAGAGUUGGAGGGAUAUUCAGUUGGUCUGGGUAUAGCGUCUCUACUCAUCGCUCUGCUGGUCAGAGUGCUGUUCACCUUCGUGUGUGUGUUUUGUGCGGGCUUCAACAUGAAGGAAAAACUGUUCAUAGCCAUAGCAUGGAUGCCCAAAGCUACGGUGCAGGCAGCUAUAGGCUCCACGGCUUUAGACAUGGCCAGGGCAAAGGACGACAAGCCGCUGCAGAAGUACGGCAUGGACGUGCUGACCGUGGCCGUGCUCUCCAUCCUUCUCACGGCCCCAGUAGGAGCUCUUCUCAUAGGGCUCACUGGGCCUCGCCUGCUGCAGAGACCCAAGGACGCAGCCUGCGGUGAGCGAGUCAAACCCAAUUUAUCAGCAUUUUUCUUGGGAUCAGCAGCUGGAGGCGAGGAUGACGACGAGACUCCUAUCACCUACGAGAGUACGCUCUGAUAACUGCAUCCAGUGAAAGAGGAGACUUUUCACACCUCAGAGGUUUGAGCCGUUCUUUAGCCACCAAGUGGCUCUCUUAUUGGUCUGCUCCCGACGGUUAAAUCAGUCCGUAUUUAUAGCCUCUGGUGGUUUCCAGUCCCCACACUGAACAAAUGACCCAUGUCCCACUGUCUCUGUGCACCGUCUGUCGCUUUUUAUGAAUCUGGUACAAAAGACGGCUGCAUGUCUGGCUCCAAA